AAAGAAAGGGGUUUUUUCGUAAAACCUCGCUAACCUAGCAAAGCUUUUACUCUUUGCAGCCCAACCGGCCAGGUAAAACCCUAGCACUAUCUCCAUCGUUUCCGGUUUUCAUUCCUUGUCCAAAAGUCUCUGAGGCUCUGCAAUUAAUUGUCACAAGCAAUCAAAUUUUGAACUCUCCCCCAUUAGCAGCAGCCAAAAGAUUAAACCUUGAUUCGGUUUGAAGCACAAAAAGCCAUGGCCGAAGAAACCCAUAUGGCAGAAGCAGCUAGAGAACCAAGGAAGAGGAAAAUUGGGAAGAAGAAGGGCUCCAAGGCUAAGAAGAAAGCAAAGAUGUUACAGUCAGCGGAAGGCAUUAGAGCCAUGAAGCCUAAGAAGAUUGACAAGAAAAUGCAGAAACUGUAUCGGAAACGAGCCCGAGACUACAAUUCAGAGGACGAGUCCGAACAAGACAACGCUACACCUUUGGGCAACAAUGAGGACGAGCUGAUUGGUGGGUCUUCUUCAGGAGAAGAAGCAGAGAAAGGUGACGACCACAGUGAAAGGAAUGUGGAUAAUGGGUUCUCAGAUGAUGAGGAGCACGGUGAGAUUCUGCCCGGAAUCAUGAGAUUUACGGAGGGUAGCAAUGCGUUUAGGUUGGCAUUCAGGAGUAUAAUAAAGAAGACUGUUCCUGAAGAUGUAUUGGGGCCGGUGUUGUCGGGGCAAAAGAAACUUGUUGCAGAGAAGCUUGCUGAAGAGGAGAAUGAGCGCAACGUCAAGGGUGAGGCUAAGAAGGAAAAACAAUUGGUAAUAGAAAAGGGGCAUGUGAAGCCUGCCAACUAUUUGGACUCGCAUGAAAAGUUUCUAAUUGGUGUUGCUACGAAAGGAGUGGUCAAGUUGUUCAAUGCUGUCAACAAGGCACAAAAUGCUCAGAAAGGACUGAAUCCUUCCAAGUUUAAAGAUGCAAAAGUGAUAAAAAAGCGGAGAAAAGAAGCCUUCUUUUCAGAGUUGGGCAAAACGUCCUCCCGAGGUGCUAGUGCUUCUGCAAAGUCUCAUACAUCUAAAGGCCCGGUGGAUGGUGAAGGGCCUGCCUGGGCUCCAUUACAAGAUAAUUACAUGCUCACAAAUUCCAAGUUGAAGGACUGGGAUAAGAUGCCGGACACAGUUGUGGGAGAUGACAUUGGAAGAGUAUCUGAAGAUAGUUCUGAUGAUGAUUAAUGCUGUGGAACUGCUCAAACAGCUACAUGCCUAUUGUUUGUUAGGCGGAAUUUUUGUCCACUUAAUAUGUUUUCCUUGUUGCUACUGCAUAGGAAUUUUGUUUUCCAUUUUUAUUAAUUGUUAUGAAUCACUGCUUCAAGAUGCGAUGGCCAAAGUAUGUACAUGAUCACUCUCUUCUCCUGUUUCAGUUUCU